UUGGCUGUCUUAAAUUAUAUUUAAAGAAAAAUAUAUUUAAGAUAUAGCCAAGAAAAUGGACUUGAAUAUUUAUUUUGAUCAUGGAAUUACUAGCCAAAUUGGAUUGUUUUGGCAACAAGUUAGAGCACCAUUACUUGUGCCAUUUCUUAAAAUUAUGGUUAUUUUAUGUUUGGCAAUGUCUUUGAUGUUAUUUGUUGAGAAAGUUUAUAUGGGAAUUGUCAUAGUAUUUAUCAAGAUUUUAAGGCAAAAACCAGAAAAGAAGUACAAAUGGGAGCCAAUAAAAGAUGAUUUGGAGCUAGCAAAUUCUUCUUAUCCUAUGGUAUUAAUUCAAAUACCAAUGUAUAAUGAAAGAGAGGUAUAUCAAUUGUCUAUUGGAGCUGCUUGUAAUCUUUCAUGGCCAGCUGAUAGAAUUUUAAUUCAAGUUCUUGAUGAUUCAACUGAUCCUAUCACUAAGGGAAUGGUGGAACAAGAGUGCAAGAGAUGGGCAAGUAAAGGAGUGAACAUCAAAUAUGAAAUAAGAGACAAUAGAAAAGGGUACAAAGCUGGGGCAUUGAAGGAAGGAAUGAAGCAUAAUUAUGUGAAAAUGUGUGAUUUUGUAGCCAUAUUUGAUGCUGAUUUUCAACCUGAAUUUCAUUUCUUGUUGAGAACUGUCCCUUUUCUUGUACACAACCCCGAAAUCGGACUCGUUCAAGCUCGUUGGAAAUUUGUGAAUUCUGAUGAAUGCUUGUUAACAAGAAUGCAAGAAAUGUCACUUGAUUACCAUUUCAAAGUGGAGCAAGAAGUUGGAUCAUCAAAUCAUGCAUUUUUUGGCUUCAAUGGAACUGCUGGAGUGUGGAGAAUUUCAGCUCUUAAUGAAGCUGGAGGAUGGAAAGAUAGAACAACAGUGGAAGACAUGGAUCUCGCCAUUCGAGCCGGUCUCAAAGGCUGGAAAUUUGUCUACGUUGGUGACCUAAAGGUGAAAAAUGAAUUGCCAAGUACUUUCAAUGCCUAUCGUUAUCAACAGCAUAGAUGGUCUUGUGGACCUGCUAAUCUUUUCAAGAAAAUGGUUGGGGAAAUUGCUUCAAAUAAGAAAGUCUCAAUAUGGAAGAAGUUUUAUUUGAUCUACAGCUUCUUCUUUGUGAGAAAAAUCAUUGCACAUAUUGUUACAUUUAUAUUUUAUUGUGUUAUUAUGCCUACAACUGUUUUGAUCCCUGAAGUUCAAGUUCCUAUAUGGGGUGCUGUGUAUAUUCCCUCAACAAUUACCCUCCUCAAUGCUGUAGGGACUCCAAGAUCAUUCUAUUUAUUGAUUUUUUGGAUCUUGUUUGAGAAUGUAAUGUCCCUUCAUCGAACGAGGGCAACGUUCAUUGGACUAUUUGAGGUAGGGAGGGUCAAUGAAUGGGUCGUGACGGAGAAAUUGGGAGAUGGAAUCAAGGCAAAAACGAGCACGAAAGCAUCCAAGAAGUCUCGUUUUCGGAUUGGAGAGUGGUACAACAAGGUACAUUUCGUGGAGAUUUUCGUAGGGUUGUACCUUAUGCUUUGUGGAUGGUACGACUACUCGUUCGGAAAGAAUAGAUUCUACAUAUACUUAUUCUUGCAAGGCAUUGCCUUUCUUGUAGCUGGAUUUGGCUACAUUGGAGUGUUUGUUCCAAAUUCUUGA